AUGCCAGCCAUCGACGUUACAGAUCCAAGAAACAACGUCCUUGUGACGGCUGUCGGCGGCGCCGGGUCGGAUGUUUCCUGGAGCAAGGUCAGCCUGCUUGCACAUUGUGUCGCCACCGAGGUGAGCCCUACGGUGACAGCCAGCCAGUCUAGCCAUGAAGAGAUCACACAUGCCAGGGAUCCGCCCAUAUCCGACAUUGCUUGCAUUCACUCACCGUCAAAGUCAGAUGAUGCCACAACAUCAUAUGUUCAACCAAACUAUAGAACGUACGUGCCCGGCCGUACAGUUCUGUACGCAGGGUUCAGCAGCGACCAAGAUGUCAAUCUGCUGCGGCACUUGCCCUUUGAUGAGGCUCAAUCAUUCGGAACCGACAACUGGCGAGUGUGGAAGGCUUUCCCCCAUGAGACUGCCCCUGCCUAUUUCACGUCCUAUCCAGAUUUCCUCCUCGACUGUCGCGCUGGAAUUUAUGACCUUGAGACUGUGGAGGGAAUGGUCCACCCACACCAAGCUUCACUGAUGGAUCUGUAUUAUUCAUAUGUGCAUCCCCAGUACCCUAUCUUAGAGAGCCGGGAUACUCUGGAAAGAGCGAUCAGAGCCCGCUCGGUUCCGUCUUCACUCCUUGCUGGCAUGUACGUCGCAGCCACAUCAUUUCUCGACGAUCCUCCCGAGUUUUCUGUCACGCUCGAGGACAUGUACACCUUCAUCUUCAAAUCGGUGACUUAUGAAGCGAGGACCCCUUCACUACGGACGAUCCAGGCCAUCCUCCUUUACAUGCAGUUACCACCGCUGAGGGUCCGGGAGCCCAAUCAUCCUGGAUUCUGGGCAUUGACAAGCCAAGUUGUUGCUCUCGCACAAGAGAUUGGCCUGCACGCCGACCCAGGGAAGUGGAACAUAGCUCCGUCCGAGCGUAAAAUACGGCGGGUAUUAUGGUGGGCAACGUAUAUGCAGGACAAAUGGCUCGCACAUUGGCUUGGGAUGCCCAGUCAUAUCAAAAACGAUCAAUUCAAUGUUGAACCGCUCAGCGUGGACGAUUUCAGCGAACAGUUGCAGAUUGACGCUACGUUAGCUCCAUCCGUCGAAGGUUUUGUGGAACUGACCUACUUGACCACCAUUUUAUCGAACGUUCUCGACAGCCUCUACACAUCACAGCAUCACGCUCUCCUGACACGGCCGAACAAAGUUAUCACUGACUACGUCCUUUUGCUGGCGUAUUAUGGCAUUGUUAUCUCCAUACAGCGGGCUCUGUUCUCAUGUGUCGGAGGAACUUCCUACUACGACAUUGAACGCGAGGGUCUGCUGUUCCGUCAACUAUUUGCAGUCUUCGAAGAACUCCUACAGCAAGAAUUCGAGGGUCUUUGGCUCAGUUAUUGUAAGCCAAACAUUGCAAUACUGGGGACAUUCAUGAUUACGGCUCUUCUUUCUAGCACGGAUGAUGAGGUAUAUAUUGCUCGUCGGUCAGCUUUAGACCAGUAUCGUGGCUUACUUGAUCUAAUGGCGGAGAGAUUGGAUUUUGCGGCACUCCCUCGCUUGCGCCUCAAUCUCCUCGUGGAACGCUUUUCCAGUUCUGACUCUGGAAUAGAUCCUGCAUUGAGGCAGAAUUGA